GGCCGCGCUCCUUCCCCCCUGCAGCCGCCGUGGGAGGAAGCGGCGAGGAGCUGUCCGGCGCCCCGGUGCUGAAAGGCGUGCGUCCUCCGCCAACACCAUGUAAAGGCCAUGAGCAGGGCUGGUCCUGGCGCAGCGCGGACAUGGAGGAGGACUUAUUCCAGCUGAGGCAGCUGCCGGUGGUGAAAUUCCGUCGCACGGGCGAGAGCGCCAGGUCAGAGGACGACACGGCUUCAGGAGAGCAUGAGGUCCAGAUCGAAGGUGUCCGCGCAGGCCUAGAGGCCGGAGGAGCAGCUGUGCCCAAGGAAUUUGCCAAUCCCACCGAUGAUACUUUCAUGGUGGAAGAUGCAGUGGAAGCCAUUGGCUUUGGGAAGUUUCAAUGGAAACUGUCCGUCCUCACUGGCUUGGCUUGGAUGGCAGACGCCAUGGAGAUGAUGAUUCUUAGCAUCCUGGCGCCGCAGCUGCACUGCGAGUGGAGGCUGCCCAGCUGGCAGGUGGCCCUGCUAACCUCGGUGGUCUUUGUCGGCAUGAUGUCCAGCUCCACCCUCUGGGGAAACAUCUCUGACCAGCAUGGCAGGAAAACGGGCCUGAAGAUCAGUGUGCUGUGGACCCUGUACUAUGGCAUCCUCAGCGCCUUCGCGCCCGUGUACAGCUGGAUCCUGGUGCUGCGCGGCCUGGUGGGCUUCGGGAUUGGAGGCGUCCCUCAGUCAGUGACGCUCUAUGCAGAGUUCCUACCCAUGAAGGCCAGGGCCAAGUGCAUUCUUCUGAUCGAGGUCUUCUGGGCCAUCGGAACGGUGUUCGAGGUCAUCCUGGCCGUGUUUGUGAUGCCCAGCCUGGGCUGGCGCUGGCUGCUCCUCCUCUCGGCGGUCCCCCUUCUCAUCUUCACCGUCCUGUGCUUUUGGCUGCCGGAGAGCGCACGCUACGACGUGCUGUCGGGGAACCAGGAGAAGGCCAUCGCCACGCUGAAGAGGAUAGCCACAGAGAACGGAGCCCCCAUGCCCCUGGGGAGGCUCAUCAUCUCCAGACAGGAGGAUCGAGGGAAGAUAAGAGACCUGUUCACACCGCACUUCCGGUGGACAACUUUGCUGCUCUGGUUCAUAUGGUUUUCCAAUGCUUUUUCCUACUAUGGGUUGGUCCUGCUCACCACGGAGCUUUUCCAGGCAGGGGAUGUCUGCAGCAUCUCCAGCCGGAAGAAGGCGGUGGAGGCCCAGUGCAGCCUGGCCUGUGAGUACCUGAGCGAGGAGGACUACAUGGACCUGCUGUGGACCACACUCUCUGAGUUCCCAGGGGUCCUGGUGACUUUGUGGAUAAUCGACCGUCUGGGCCGUAAGAAGACCAUGGCCUUGUGCUUCAUCGUCUUCUCACUCUGUAGCCUCCUGCUGUUCAUCUGCGUGGGCAGAAAUGUGCUCACUCUGUUACUCUUCAUUGCAAGAGCUUUUAUUUCUGGAGGGUUCCAGGCAGCCUAUGUUUACACGCCUGAGGUCUACCCCACGGCGACCCGCGCCCUGGGCCUGGGCACCUGCAGCGGCAUGGCACGGGUGGGGGCUCUCAUCACCCCCUUCAUUGCUCAGGUGAUGCUGGAGUCCUCUGUCUACCUGACACUGGCCGUCUACAGUGGUUGCUGCCUUCUGGCCGGCCUGGCCGCCUGCUUCCUGCCCAUCGAGACCAAGGGCCGAGGUCUGCAAGAGUCAAGCCACCGCGAGUGGGGCCAGGAGAUGGUGGGCCGGGGGGCACACGGCACGGACGUUGUCAGGUUGAACUCGAGCUCUCAGGAGUAGUGAGUGAGGGGGCACCCCCGGCUCUGCCAGCAACAGGAACUCAGCCGCCAGCCCAGCCUGGACCACAGACUUCUCUGUCCUGUUUGAUCAUGUUCAUCCACACACCCCUCUUCCACUGGGGGCGGAAGGCUGCUGCUCUGGGGGCCGGGUCUCUGUGUCUUUGUGUGUGUGUUGGGGGAAGAGGAUGUCUGUGACCUCUGGCUCUGCAUGGACGCGGCCAAGGCAGGAAUUCCACUGACCACAGCUCGCCGGCCACACCCUCCAAGACCGACCACCAAAACCUGUAGCUGCUGCUUGGCUCAGGCUCCAGCAACCAGCACCUGCCGGAGCCGUCUGUCUGUCCAGCCACUUCCUCCUCCGCCAUUGCAGAUGACCCCAGGUGUCACCUGAGAAGCAUUUUCUUGGGUCCCAAACUGCUCAUCUCCCGCCCCCCCCCCCAUCAUGGAGCCUGGUGAUUGGAUAUACACAUGAACUGGAGCCUGACCCUCUCUAGGAUGGCUUCCCCUGUGUCCAGACAUGGCAUCCAGAUGUGGGCUGAACUGCCACUGAGGGCGACCUCAGAAACUGUCCCCCGCUUCUCCUUCUGGGGACUGGGGGCUGAGGAGCUCAGUGCCAAAGCACGAACAGUGAGGGGUGCCCCGGCAUCUUUCCCAGCCCCUCUUGGCCAGGCUGUCCAUAACUCUGAGGGAAAGAAAGUGUCAACUCA